GGCACCAGUGCACCUGCGCCCGCCCGGGGUCCAGGCUCCCGCCGCCCGCUGCGCGCGCCGCUUCCUGAGCGCGCGACCAGCGGCCCCGCCCUGCGCCUGGGCCCCGCGGCGACAGCCGAGGUACAGGUGCCUGGGGUGCGGCUCGCUUCACUCUUCCCGCCGCCAUCAGAGCAGGCCUCACGUCUCUUGUCCCGCCUUCAGCUGCGGCCGCCCUCUCACCGUGCGCCAAAUGCAGGCUGUCGCCCUCCCGGAGGAGAUCUGUUGGCUCCUGGAAGAUACUGAAGACUUCCUGGCAGAAGGCUUGCAGAAUGAGAACCUCAGUCCUGGGGCGCAGGAUCAGAGAGACCACAUUCUCCGGGGUUUCCAGCAAAUCAAAUCCAGGUACUGUUGGGAUUUUCAGCCCCAAGGAGGUGACCUUGGCCAGGACGGCUCUGAUGACAAUCUGAGUGGGGCUCACGGCCCACCCCUCACAUCAGAAGCAUCCUUUUGGUCAGAUUAUCAGGAUGAGGGAACAGAAGACAUCUUAAGAGGGGCUCAAGAGCUGGAUAACGUCAUCAAGCAAGGAUACUUGGAGAAGAAAAGCAAAGAUCACAGCUUCUUUGGGUCGGAGUGGCAGAAGCGAUGGUGUGUUAUCAGCAGAGGGCUCUUCCUCUACUAUGCUAAUGAGAAAAGCAAGCAGCCCAAAGGGACCUUCCUCAUUAAAGGCUACAAUGUCCGGAUGGCCCCUCACCUGCGAAAAGAUUCCAAGAAAGAAUCCUGCUUUGAACUGAUCUCCCAGGAUAGGCGCAGCUAUGAGUUCACAGCUUUUAGUCCAGCUGAAGCCAGAGACUGGGUGGAUCAAAUAAGUUUCCUGUUAAAAGAUCUCAGCUCCUUAACCAUUCCCUUUGAAGAGGAGGAGGAUGAAGAGGAGGAAGAAGAGAAAGAAGAGGAAGAAAUGUACAAUGACAUCGAUGGCUUUGACUCCCCAAGGUCCGGUUCCCAGGGCAGAGUGGUGGCCUUGCCUGAGCCUACUGGCAAAGAGGAGGACAUUUAUGAAGUCCUACCAGAUGAAGAUGAUCUAGAAGAGGACUUAUGUGGCACUCAUCGGCAACGAGUGGACUAUGCCGAUUAUUACCAAGGCCUAUGGGAUUGCCAUGGUGACCAGCCAGAUGAACUGUCCUUCCAACGGGGUGACCUCAUCCGCAUUCUGAGCAAGGAGUACAACGCAUACGGCUGGUGGGUAGGAGAACUGAACAGCACCAUCGGGAUUGUUCCAAAAGAUUAUCUCGCCACUGCCUUUGAAACAGAAGGAAGAUGAGGCCCAGCUACUUGGGAUGCUGAGGCAGGAGGACCGUGAGUUCAAGGCCACCCUGAGCUGCAGAUCAAGACCCACACUAUUUAGAGAGAUGUAACUUUUUUUUUUUUUUUUUUUUUUUUUUGGUUUUUUGGAAUUUGAUUUUUUCCGAGACUGGGUUUCUCUGUAUAGCCCUGGCUGUCCUGGAACUCACUCUGUAGACCAGGCUGGCCUCGAACUCAGAAUUCUGCCUGCCUCUGCCUCCCAGAGUGCUGGGAUUACAGGCGUGCACCACCACCGUCUGGCCUGAGAUGUAACUUUUAAAUAAUAAAGACUAUGCAUUAAGCUUUAUGAGCAAGAACAUCA